AUGAACGUUGAAUUCCCGCGCGCCGCGGCCGCCGCUAACGCAGCUGCAUCAGAACUCUUAAUAUGGGAACGCUUGUUGAGCAAAUUCCAAAUGAGACCCGCCGAAGAUGAUGAGCCCCAGUCGUGGUGGAUUGCCUCGACGGCGAUCCCGCUGGUGGCUGCAGCCACGGGUCCCCUGGCGAAUGUCAUGUCCAUUGUCGCACUGGUGUCGCCAUGGAGAAAUAAGAUCAUCUCGUCCGACAUAGGACGCGCGGGUACCACGAUUCAGCACGGAUUCAAUGACCCUCACUGGGUACUGGCCCUGAAUGCUGUAUCACUCUUCUGGGGUGUGGUUGGCAAUGUGUUCUUGUUGUUCAACUUCACCCAAGUGGUGCGAUACAUUAUUGCUCUACCCGUGACCAUUUUUUCUUGGUUUCUUGCAACCUUCAUUCUCUGCGGGUUGACAGCAUCCAUGUCCAUCUAUAGUCCACCGAUCCCUCCCGAUGAGCUUUACUCCCAGCCAUAUUGGAGCGCUGUCAUCGCCGCAGUACUGUACUUUGUCCUGGCUACACUUCUGAUGAUUAAUAUGCUCGGCUACUUUUUGGGGAAGUACCCUCAACAUUUCUCACUCACCGAAGACCAGCGAACCCUGAUCCUGCAAAUGACUGCUUUCGUCAUUUGGCUGCUGAUUGGUGCCGCGAUCUUCCAAAGGGUGCUGGGUAUUGCAUUCGCCGAUGCCUUGUACUUCUGUGACAUCACUGUUCUCACUUUGGGGUUUGGCGAUAUCGUUCCCAAAAGCUCGGUGGGCAAGGGCCUCAUAUGGCCCUAUGCAGUAAUCGGCAUCGUCAUGCUGGGUUUGGUGGUUGGCAGUAUCCAUCAAUUUGCUCGAGAAGUCCACUACGACAAUGUCGUCCGCAAGCACAUCGAGAGUAAGCGCCAAGCCACAUUUGAUAGAUCGGUCACCAUUGAACAAGUCCGUAACGAUCCCAACAUUCAACUGCAAAACGUCAAGUUUGUCGGAGACCAUGGACCCCCACCCAGUAUCGACCAGCUUCAUCUUCGAAGAACCGUGAGUCGAACUGCUCAUCAACAUGAUCAUCAUAAUGGCCAUGAGAGCCAUCGAAGGCACGGUCCCAUUCAAACUACCAUCAAUACUCUCACAUCGGCUCGGCGGCCGCGAUUACUAGUCAUGCGAGAAGAGAAGGAUCGGUUCAUCGCGAUGCGGAAGAUCCAAGACGAGACGAUGCAGUUUCGCAGAUGGAACGAUCUCUUCAUCAGUGUGAUCGCCUAUGCGAUUGUAUGGACCGGAGGUGCCCUAGUCUUUUGGAGACUCGAAGACAUGUCUUAUUUCAAUGGGUUGUAUUUCUGCUUCUGCUCGUUGAUCACCAUCGGCUACGGGGAUUUCACACCAAAGUCAAACGCAGGGCGCCCCUUCUUUGUGGUGUGGUCACUGAUCGCCAUUCCAACCAUGACAAUGCUGAUAUCGCAAAUGAGCGACACCGUGGUCGCUGCAUAUAAGCGCUCUACAGGGAAGUUCAGCGACUACUUCGUCUUGCCUCAGUCGGUGGUGUAUAAAGAAGCCAUAUCUCGCAUCCCGUUUCUGCGAAAGUGGCUCCUGGCUCACCAGGAAAAGAAGCGCCUGGAGCGAGGUUUCGAAGUGGGCGCGGAAGCCGAUUCGAGAGACGGAAUGGCCGCGGAAGCCGAUUCGAGAGACGGAAUGGCCGCGGUGUCAUCCCCCUCGCAGGAACAAGCACCAGUUGUUCCGCUCCGUUCCCGCUCAAGUGGUGGCCAUCUGCUCCGCACAAUCGAAGAGCUUGCGUCUGACGCAAAUCCGUCGCCAUAUGAACUUGCACAGCGUCUCGCCUUUGCCAUUCGUCGGACCACCCAGGAUGCAAAGGAAGUCAAACACAAACGAUACACAUACGAGGAAUGGGUUGAGUUCACGCGACUCAUACAAUUCACAAAUCCCAGAUCACGACCCACCUCUUAUUCAGACCCAAGCGGAUCGUCCCAGCAACCAAGCGCCAGCCUUGAUGAGGAUGAAUAUGGCGUUCUUAACUGGGACUGGAUCGGUGAAGAUAGCCCCAUGCUUGCACGCCAGUCUGAACCUGAAUGGAUCUUGGACAGACUCUGCGAAAGCUUAGUCCGUUAUGUGGCGACACAGGAGAAAGCGUCGAUUCUGUCAAGAGGUGAGACUGACGAUGCUGCUGAGGAAUUCACUCUGAAGAAGGAGAGAGAUUUGGGGAUCGAAGACACCGAAGACACAUGA